AUGUCAGUAAGUCCCCUAGAUGAUAUUGUAGAGAUCAGUAGACGCUGUGAAUCUCUUCGCCAGUCAUUGGCCAACGCAGAUGAUGAUUUUAAAACUAUUCCUAGUAAAAAAUACUUAUACUUGUGUAAAGUAAGUGGAGAGAAACCAAAUUCCACGUUUCUCUGCUUUAGUGAAGGUACACAUGGAGGUAACUUGGAUUUACAUUGCUCAUAUCUUAGUCAACGAGCGUUAUUGCCUAUUCUCUUGACACUUCCGUUGUGUCCUUGGCUUUCCCAUAUUAACUUGCGUGAAGAGAGACUCACGACGACACUUAUUCAACUCCUUUGUAUGUCUCUGCAAGACCUUCCACGUGUGAGGACAAUUGACGUGUCAGGAAAUCCUUUUGGUUCUUAUGGUGUGCGAACACUUCUUACACUUGUAAUGCGUAAUCGUAGCAUUGUGGAUUGUCGUGUUGACGGUGUACAAUGCGUUGGGGCAUUACUGCGACGCUUGUACAUGGCAUGCGAACGAAACAAGAUGGAAACUGUAGAAUCGAAAGAGGCAUCACUGAAUUCAUCAGAUUCAUCUACAGUAUCUUCACACACCGUGUAA